UGUCUCUUGGCAGCUCUCGCGCUGUGGCCAUUUGUCACUUAUCUAUGGAUGCGCAUUGCGGGCUCAACUCUGCAUAAGAUCCCAGGGCCGCCGGUGAAAUCUUUCUGGACUGGCCAUUUCAGUCAAUUUUUUGCUCGUGAUGGAGAGAACUUUCAGCGACACCUGGCGAGUUACGGGCCUAUCACCAAGAUCAACGGCUUCCUCGGGCAACCUAUAUUGUGUGUCGCAGACCCUAAAGCUCUGCACUACAUCUUGGUCAAGGAAGAACACAUAUAUCAGGAGACUGAUGAUUUCAUAUCGGGCAAUAUUUUGUACUUUGGACCCGGACUUUUAUCAACACUUGGUCAACAGCACGCAAAUCAGCGCAAGAUACUGAAUCCCGUAUUCUCUAUAAAUCACAUGCGCCAUAUGCUACCGUUGUUUUACUCUAUCGUCCAUAAGUUACGGGAUGCAAUCCGAUAUCGUGUACAAGACGGGCCACGGGAACUCGAUGUUCUGCAUUGGAUGGGACGAACGGCUUUGGAGCUCAUUGGUCAAGGCGGUCUAGGGUACACGUUUGACCCACUGGUGGAGGAUAGGAUAGACCCAUACGGAGAAGCAUUGAAAGCAAUCGUUCCGCUCGCGUUUCGCCUAUCGGUUUUCGUCAAGCUAGUACUACCUCUUUCCAAGAGGUUGGUUCCCAGAUGGUUGCGCAGGGCAGUAGUGAGAUUAUUUCCCACUGCAUCUACCGUUAAUCUAUUGGCCGAGGUUGUCAAUACAAUGCACGAGAGAUCGAGUGCGAUAUACCAGGAGACGAAGCUCAGAGUUGUUGGGGUGGAUGCAGAGGUUGUGAAGCAAAUAGACGGACGCAAGGACAUAUUGAGCAGCCUCAUACGCGCUAACACCGCAGCGGAUGUCAAGGAUCAGCUUUCGGAAGAGGAGAUUGUCGGACAGAUUUCCACGCUCCUCUUUGCGGCGACGGAUACGACGUCGACUGCGCUCUCGCGCAUCCUGCAUCUCUUAGCCCAGCAUCCCCAUGUGCAGCAGAAGCUGAGACAUGAGCUCCUUGAGGCCAAUGCUGCCGAUGAAGUAUCAUAUGAAGAGCUGAACAAGCUCCCGAUCUUGGACAGUGUCUGUCGGGAGACGCUAAGGCUUCACCCCCUGGUAGUUUCAUAUUCAGAGUGUAUGGCGACGAAGGACACCGUCCUUCCUCUAUUCAAACCGAUCACCUUGACAGAUGGUCGCCAAACAAGUGAAAUCCCUAUAGCCAAAGGCUCGGAGAUCCUUCUCGAGUAUCUCGGAUGCAAUGUCAGCAAGAGCUUGUGGGGCGAAGACUCCCUCGAGUGGAAGCCCGAGCGUUGGCUCUCGGGAAUUUCGACUAAGGUGGCGGAUGCUCGUGUCCCUGGCGUCUACUCUCACUUGAUGUCAUUCGCCGGCGGGAAGAGGGCUUGCAUCGGGUUCAAAUUCGCCGAAAUGGAGAUGAAGACCGUUCUAUCUGUCCUUGUGUCAACAUUCACCUUCGAAUUAAGCGACAAACCCAUUGCAUGGAACAUGGCGGGCAUAAUGUACCCAACAGCCGGAAAGGAAAGCAGCAACCCCUCGUUGCCCAUGAAAGUCGGGCUCUACAACUUGAAUGUACCGCGAGUUUAAGGGGGCUUAACGGCACAAGUGACGGGCAAGUGCUCUAUGGGAAUCUAGUAGGUCUCAUCGAAUUCUCAACAGGUUACAAUUUUUAGCCACGGUGGACUCGGAGACGUCCGCAGCCUGAACUAUGAAGCUUGGUGAGGGAAGGUCCGGCACAUAUGCACGCAAGAUCACAUAUCUGUGGUCUCCGAGUUCAUCAGGAUUUGAUUAUUUCCAUUCCAAUGUAUGCAGUCCCAGCUGCCGAGGGCAUCCCCGUGACGACGAGCCCGACAGUAUUCCGCUGUUAGAUGGCGUUCGUCCACGACUGUGAUUAAAUAGAAAUCUUGUCAGUACUACUCGUUCGAAGCCUCGCGAUCCAGAACUGUAAUACAGUAA